UUAGCAACAGGCCAGCAGCCAGGUUGCCAAGGACGCGCGCGCCUUAGACUUCCGGCCGUGAGCUGGGCUGCGAAUUGGGCGGCCAGAGCUGGGAAUCCCGCUCAGCCGGUCAUCACCUGAGCCGGGCUGCAGCCAUGAGCAGCGAUGACUCCUCUCUCAUGGCUUCGAUCAUUUACUACAGCCAGGAAAAGUACUUCCACCAUGUGCUGCAGGCUGCGAAUGUGGGCCUAGAGAGGUACAGCAGCGACCCAGCCCUGCAGUUCUUCAGAGCGUAUGGAAUCCUUGGGGAAGACCACAUCCACGAUGCCAUCAGCGAGCUGGAAGGCAUCCAAAGCCACCCAGACACGUCCCUGUGCGCGGUCAUCGCCCUGCUUUCUGCUCACAAAUCCUGCGACACCAUCGACAUAGAAGCAGUUCAGGAACUGGAGAGCAGCUUGAAGGAAAUUCGCAGGUCAGCCAGCAGCACUGCUCUGUACUACGCCAGCCUCUUCCUCUGGUUCAUGGGUCACCACGACAAGGCCAGGGAGUAUGUUGACCACAUGUUGAAGGUCUCCAGCGGCUCCAAAGAGGGCUAUGUGCUCAAAGGCUGGGUGGACCUUACCUCCAGUAAACCCCACGUUGUGAAGAAAUCCAUCAAGUACCUGGAACAAGGAACUCAAGACACCAAAGAUGUGCUAGGGCUCAUGGGCAAGGCAACGUACUUCAUGACACAACAGAACUUCUCUGGGGCCCUGGAGGUGGCGAACCAGGUCACCUUGGCCUGCAGCAACUUCCUGCCCGCUUUAGUCCUGAAGAUGAAGCUGUUCCUGGCUCGGCAGGAUUGGGAUCAGACGAUAGAAACCGGACAAAGAAUCCUUGAAAAAGACGAAAACAAUAUUGAUGCCUGGCAAAUUCUAGCUGUGCACGAGCUGGUGAAAGAAGGGAACACGGACAGAGCUGCCGACCGGGUCAGAAACCUCAUCAAGGCGCUAGAGACUGGAGAGCCCCACAAUCCAAACCUACAUCUUAAGAAGAUCCUUGUAAUCAGCAGGCUGUGUGGGAGGCACCAGGUGGUCCAUCGGCUUGUGAGCGGCUUCCUGGAGCGCAUCUUUAUGGCCACACCUUCCUGUGCCCUUGUGGCCACAGAGCUGGGCUACCUCUUCAUCCUACACCAACAAGUGAAGGAAGCCUGUCUGUGGUACAAGGAGGCCAUGAAGCUGGAGGAGAACAGGCUGGCUGCCUUGGCAGGGAGCAUCUGGUGCCAGAUCCUACAGGGCCAGCUGGAGGAGGCUGCUCACCAGCUGGAGUUCCUCAAGGAGGUGCAGCAGUCCCUUGGGAAGUCUGAGUUGCUGGUUUUCCUGCAAGCCCUCGUAGCAGCUAAGAAGCAAAGGCUGGAGCAGGAGGCCACGGCGCUCCUGAAGGAGGCGGUGGAAGUGCACUUCUCCAGCAUGCAGGGUCUGGCCCUGAGCCCCGAGUACUUUGAAAAGCUGGACCCCCUCUUUCUGGUCUGCAUCGCCAAGGAGUAUCUGCAUUUCUGCCCCAAGCAGCCCCGGUCACCCGGCCAGCUCGUAUCUCCACUUCUUAAACAAGUCGCCAUGAUCUUGAGUCCUGUGGUGAAGGUGGCCCCGGCCAUGAUGGAGCCACUGUAUGUAACGGCUCAGGUCAAGUUCCUCUCAGGAGAGCUGGAAAAUGCGCAGAGCACCCUGCAGCGCUGCCUGGAGCUGGACCCCACAUUUGUGGAUGCUCACCUCCUCAUGUCCCAGAUCUACCUGGCCCAGGGCAACUUCGCCAUGUGCUCCCAUUGCCUAGAGCUGGGUGUCAGCCACAACUUCCAGGUCCGAGACCAUCCCCUCUACCACUUCAUCAAAGCCAGGGCCCUCAAUAAGACGGGCGACUAUGCCGAGGCCAUAAAGACCUUAAAAAUGAUCAUAAAGGUUCCCACCUCGAAGGCAGAAGAGGGCAGGAAGUCCCAAAGCCCCUCCGUUCGGCCCAGCGAGCGGGCAUCCAUCCUGCUAGAGCUAGUAGAGGCUCUCCGACUGAAUGGGGAACUGCACGAGGCCACCAAGAUCAUGCAGGACGCCAUCAAUGAGUUCAGCGGCACGCCAGAGGAGAUGCGCAUCACGGUCGCCAACGUGGACUUGGCUCUGAGCAAGGGCAACGUGGACCUGGCGCUGAACAUGUUAAGAGGUAUCACACCCAAGCAACCCUGCUACACAGAAGCCAAGGAGAAGAUGGCCAGUAUCUACCUGCACACUCGCAAGGACGUGCGCCUCUACAUUGGCUGCUACGUGGAGCUUUGUGAACAUCUGCCCGGCCCCCACAGCAGCCUGCUACUGGGUGACGCUUUCAUGAACAUUCAGGAGCCUGAGAAGGCCCUGGAGGUGUAUGACGAGGCCUAUAGAAAGAACCCUCACGAUGCCUCCUUGGUCAGCAGGAUCGGACAGGCCUACGUGAAGACCCACCAGUACGCCAAGGCCAUUAAUUACUACGAGGCUGCCCAGAAGAUCAGCGGGCAGGACUUCCUGUGCUGCGAGCUGGCCGAGCUCCUCCUCAAGCUGAAGAAAUACCACAAGGCAGAGAAGGUGCUGAAGCAGGCCUUGGAGCGAGACUCAGGGGUCAAGGACAUCCCAUCCAUGAUAAAUGAGGUCAAGUGCUUGCUUUUGUUGGCAAAGGUUUACAAGAGCCACAAGAAGGAAGAGGUGAUGGAAACCCUGAAUCUGGCCUUGGACCUCCAGUCCCGGAUACUGAAGCGGGUUCCUUUGGAGCAAUCAGAAAUGAUCCCCUUCCAGAAUCAGCUGGCAGCCUCCAUCUGCAUCCAGAUUGGGGAACAUCACCUGGCGGAGAAAGAUUACGACAGCGCCCUGAAAUCCUAUAAGGACGCCCUCGCCUACUCGCCCACAGACAGUAAGGUGGUGCUGGAGCUGGCCCAUCUCUACCUGCUUCUGGGUCAGCUGGACCUGUGUGAACAGCGCUGUGCCCCCCUCUUAGAGAUGGAGCAGACCCACGAGAGAGCCGCUGUGAUGCUGGCCGACCUGAUGUUUAGAAGACAAAACUAUGAAACUGCCAUCAAUCUCUACCACCAAGUGCUGGAGAAAGCUCCAGACAAUUUUUUGGUAUUGAAUAAACUGGUCGAUCUGCUACGACGGAGCGGCAAGCUUGAAGAGGCCCCUGCUUUCUUUGAACUGGCCAAGAAGGUGUCUAGCCGGGUGCCUUUGGAGCCAGGGUUUAACUACUGCCAAGGCAUUUACUUCUGGCACAUUGGACAGCCCAAUGAAGCCUUGAGGUUUCUGAACAAAGCCCGAAAGGACAGCACUUGGGGCCAGCUUGCCACCUGUUACAUGGUACAGAUCUGUCUGAACCCUGACAAUGAGAUUGUCGGUGGAGAGGCUUUUGAGAGCCUGGUGGGUGACAGCAACUCUGCCAGUAGAAAGGAGUCUCAGCAGCACGGGGUGCGCACUGCAGAGAAGCUACUUCGGGAAUUUUACCCACACUCGGAAUCCGGGCAGACCCAGCUGCGGCUGCUGCAGAAUCUCUGCCUGCUGGCCACCAGGGAGAAGGCGAAUGUAGAGGUGGCUCUGGGAGCCUUUAUCGAGAUGGCCCAGGCUGAGGACAGCAUCCCUGCACUGCUGGCCAUGGCGCAGGCCUACAUACUCCUGAAGCAAGUCCCCAAGGCCCGAACGCAGCUGAAGCGCCUGGCCAAAGUCCCAUGGACGGUCGACGAGGCCGAAGACCUGGAAAAGAGCUGGCUUCUGUUGGCAGAUAUCUAUUGCCAAGGCGGCAAGUUCGACCUGGCCUUGGAGCUACUGCGCCGAUGCCUGCAGUAUAACAAGUCUUGCUGCCGGGCCUAUGAGUACAUGGGCUUCAUCAUGGAGAAAGAGCAGUCAUACAAGGAUGCAGCAACCAACUACGAGCUGGCCUGGAAGUACAGUCAUCAGGCCAACCCCGCCAUUGGUUUCAAACUGGCUUUCAACUACCUGAAAGACAAGAAGUUCGUAGAUGCCAUUGAAGUCUGUCACAGCGUCCUGACGGAGCACCCCAAGUACCCCAAGAUCAGGGAGGAGAUUUUGGAGAAAGCCCAAGGGUCCUUGAGGCCCUAGCUGUGGCUGGAAGGGGCUUGGGCAGGGAGAAGCAUCAGUCUAUAGACGACGACGGUUCAGGGGGGGAGUAGGAAGUAAAACCGUGGAGAGGCAAGUGAGAAACGCAUACUCUCCCCGUUCAGUGUUGUCUGUGCUUUGUUUGGAUCCACGCCUUGCGUGGGAGCUUCAUGUUUCUAUGGCCUGAGAAGUAAUCUUGCCAGGGGAAGGAAGAUAGCGGCUUAGCCUGUGCCGGGGGCGGGGGUGGGGGGUGGGGGGGGGAAUCCCUCCCUGAGUCUUUCUCAUGGACCCCCACAUUUGUUCCAGACCCUUGAAGACCUGAAACAGAGACACCCCCCACCCCCAGCACAGUGACGGUUAGGAAAGUACCCUAGAGUUACCUUGAGGUGUGCCCCUACCUCAGUCUCGUCCCCAGCAUCUCAGAGCUAGAGAAGCGCUGCCCCUCCCCGCCAUGAUGCCCACCAGGCCUGCCCAGCAGUGGGCUCAGACAGGACCAGCUGCAGCACGACCCUGAGCUAAGGCCCUGUGCAAGAGGGCAGCAGAUUUUCAAGGCCCAUUCAUUGGGCUUCUCUGUCCCCACGUUCUGGCUCCUACCCAUCUCCCCCAGGCUGGACCACACCGGUUUGGGACAAGCCAGAUUACCACCGAGCCCCAUCCUCCCCCUAUACACAACCACGCUUUGGCUUUUGUAAAAGAUAUUGGCCAACCUGCUCACCUUCCAGGCUCCCACUUAAUGCCUAAGGGGGCAGACACAGUGGUCCACGUUCAGGUGGCUAAUGAUCCUUUUAACUGGGUUUCUGCUUCUCGGGAUGGAAUUGUGGGUCACCCCAGCCUCAGGGGAAGGAACUCUGAUAUCUGGAAGCCCGAGGUCUCACUGUGUGCUCUUCCCAAGUGCUUGCCCUUUCUGGAUCUCAGUGCCCCACUGUUCAGCAAGAAAUUAGACCAGACCUGGGCAGGGCAUGUUGACUCGGUGGAGCACGUGCCUAGCUUGCACGAAGCCCUGGGUUUGACCCACAGCAUCACUUAAACUGGCUUUGGUGGUGCACACCUGGAACCCUAGCACAUUGGAGGUAGAGGCAGUAAAGUCAUCAGGUCAUCUUAGUGUCUGAGGUUGUCUUGGGGUACAUGAGACCAUGUCUCAAAAAAGAAAAAAGAAAAAAAAAGACUCUAUUUCCCAAAUCGUUGUAUCAUGCUUUGCCGGUAAUGUCUAGAAAAUGGUUUGUUUAUAGUGCUAGGAUAGAAAAGAGGGGUCCAUUUUGUACCCCCAAGCUAUGCUUUUCACCCCUUAAAUUGAACAACCCUAUGCUUCUCCGUGUUUAUAUAAUAGCUAGCACAACACAUUUAGGAAUUCUCAGGCACUGUUGAAUAGGAUCUCUCACUUUUAAGGCUACUGAUAUAUUCUAUUUAAAGAACUACAGGCAGGCAUGGUACAAUCCUACAGUUACAGUCCCAGCACUUGGGGGGUGAGGGGGGACCCGAGGGCAGCUGCAAGCCUGAAGCCAGCCUGGCUUGCACAGUGAGUUCCAGGACCAUCCAGGCCUGUGUAGCGAGAUGCAGCCUCAAAACAAGAGAGGGGUGAGAUAGCCCAGCAGGUAAAGGUUCCUGUCCCAACUCUUGAUGACCCAAUUCAAAUCCCUGGGUCCCACACGGUGGAAGGAGAGCACCAACUCCAGCAAAGUCGUCCUCUGACCUCCACACAGGAAUUGUAGCAUGUGUCAACUCACUGUAUAAUCAAAAUAAAAAUGUAAUGAUGACUGAA